UUGGGUGUCACCCUUUCGGGGGGCGGGGAGGCGGAAGCGGUGCAAUCAUGGUGGCCGCAAGGCCGCUAGCUCUGCUAGUAUUGCUACUCCUAGGGCCUGUCGGCCAAGCAGAGCACCCACGCGACAGCUUUCGGGAGGAGCUCGUCGUCACUCCGCUGCCUUCUGGGGAUGUAGCCGCUACCUUCCAGUUCCGCACGCGCUGGGAUACCGAACUGCAGCGAGAAGGAGUAUCUCAUUACAGGCUCUUCCCCAAAGCCCUGGGGCAGCUGAUCUCUAAGUAUUCUCUGCGGGAACUGCACCUAUCAUUUACGCAAGGUUUUUGGAGAACGCGAUACUGGGGGCCACCCUUCCUACAGGCCCCAUCAGGUGCAGAGCUCUGGGUCUGGUUCCAAGACACUGUCACUGAUGUGGAUAAAUCUUGGGAGGAACUCAGUAACGUCCUCUCAGGGAUCUUCUGUGCCUCUCUCAACUUCAUCGACUCCACCAACACGGUCACUCCCACUGCCUCCUUCAAACCCUUGGGGCUGGCUAAUGACACUGAUCACUACUUCCUGCGCUAUGCUGUGCUGCCCAGGGAGGUUGUCUGCACUGAAAACCUCACCCCAUGGAAGAAGCUCUUGCCCUGUAGUUCUAAGGCAGGCCUCUCUGUGCUGCUGAAGGCUGAUCGCUUGUUCCACACCAGCUACCACUCCCAGGCAGUGCACAUCCGCCCCAUCUGCAGAAAUGCACACUGCACCAGCAUCUCCUGGGAGCUGAGGCAGACCCUGUCAGUUGUGUUUGACGCCUUCGUCACAGGGCAAGGGAAGAAAGAUUGGUCCCUCUUCCGGAUGUUCUCCCGAACCCUCACGGAGCCUUGUCCUCUGGCUUCAGAGAGCCGAGUCUAUGUGGACAUCACCAGCUACAGCCAGGACAAUAAGACAUUGGAGGUGAACCCACCCCCCACCACCACCUACCAGGAUGUCAUCCUGGGCACUCAGAAAACCUAUGCUGUCUAUGACUUGCUUAACACAGCCAUGAUCAAUAACUCCCGCAACCUCAACCUUCAGCUCAAGUGGAAGAGACCCCCAGAGAAUGAGACCCCACCAGUGCCUUUCCUGCACGCCCAGCGUUAUGUGAGUGGUUAUGGACUGCAGAAGGGGGAGCUGAGCACACUGCUGUACAACACCCACCCGUACAGGGCCUUCCCGGUGCUGCUGCUGGACACCGUCCCCUGGUACCUGCGGCUGUAUGUGCACACCCUCACCAUCACCUCCAAGGGCAAAGAGAACAAACCAAGUGAGGAGCUGAGUCGAAAACCAGACCCACCCAGAUCACUCUGUUACAUCCACUACCAACCUGCCCAGGACCGGCGGCAGCCCCACCUCCUGGAGAUGCUGAUUCAGCUGCCAGCCCACUCAGUCACCAAGGUCUCCAUCCAGUUUGAGCGGGCACUGCUCAAGUGGACUGAGUACACCCCAGACCCCAACCAUGGCUUCUAUGUCAGCCCAUCUGUCCUCAGUGCCCUUGUGCCCAGCUUGGUGGCAGCAAAACAAGUGGACUGGGAAGGGAGCCCUCUCUUCAACACCCUGUUCCCAGUCUCGGAUGGCUCCAGCCACUUCAUACGACUCUACACAGAGCCGCUGCUGGUGAACCUGCCCACACCUGACUUCAGCAUGCCCUAUAAUGUGAUCUGCCUCACGUGCACUGUGGUGGCCGUGUGCUAUGGCUCCUUCUACAAUCUCCUCACCCGAACCUUCCACAUCGAGGAGCCCAGCACUGGCGGCCUGGCCAAGCGGCUGGCUAACCUUAUCCGGCGAGCUCGAGGUGUCCCCCCACUCUGAGACUCGCCCUCUUCAGCAGCUGGGAAAGGGCAGUGGUGACCCUCAGGACGUUUUCUGCUACUAGCUAUCCUCAGAGUUGGCUUUUGAACCAAAACUGGGCUUUGCCAGGGGCCCAGAGCUCUGCUGUCCAGAGCAGGAGCCACAGGUUAAAGGUGGCGUUUAAAUUUAAAUUAAGUUAAAAAUCUAUUUCCUCAGUCGAAGUGUGAGGUAGGCACACAUCAAGUGUUCAGUAACCAAAAGAAGCUAGUGCUACAGUAUUGGACAACACAGAACAAUGUUUCCAUCUUUGCAGAAAGUUCUGUGGGACAGCACUGGCCUACAUAAUAGGGUGUGCUGAAGAGUCCGUAUCACUGUGGUGGGUGGAAUUUACUGGUUGUGGAAUAAAAUGUGACAGCUUCCCCGGUUCUUUGCCUCAUCUCUGUGAGGCCCGGGGAAGAAUUAGGA